CCGACGUCCGGUCCUUCUAUCCACACAGCGCUAGACCCCGAAUCCACCACGGUUUUCCUGCUCGGGCCCAUCGGGGAUUCCUUUCACCGCCUUUAACUUGGUCCAUAUCUGGACCAUCCCCGAAUCCCUUGGCGGGGUUCUCAUGGCGUCGCUUCUGUGCUGUGGGCCCAAGCUGGCCGCCUGCGGCAUCGUCCUCAGCGCCUGGGGAGUGAUCAUGUUGAUAAUGCUCGGAAUCUUUUUCAACGUCCAUUCCGCUGUGCUCAUUGAGGACGUUCCCUUCACGGAGAAAGAUUUUGAGAAUGGCCCCCAGGACAUAUACGACCUAUACGAACAAGUCAGCUACAACUGUUUCAUCGCUGCAGGCCUUUACCUCCUCCUCGGUGGCUUCUCUUUCUGUCAAGUUCGGCUCAAUAAGCGCAAGGAAUAUAUGGUGCGAUAGAGCUUGGUAGUAUUUACGCUCUUCAGCCCCCUCUUCUAUUUAAGACUCUCCCUACCCCUUGCUAAUCCCAUUCUGGGGCCCGGCUCCAGUGGAGGGAGACUGGGGCUGGCUGUCACUUGUCCCUCCGGCUCCCUCACCGUUUCCUGUACCACAAUAAAGAGAAACUGCUCUCCUAA